UGACAUCUCUUAAGAGACAUUUUGGCGGGCUUGUGGCCAAUGGUGCAUAUCGUCUAUUCAGUCUCUCUUAUGGCUUUGGAGGUGCAACGUGUUAGUCAGGUGAUUUUUGACGCGAUAUGAAGGGUAUUCGAGCGUUUUUUGGCCAGGUUUUGUUUCUUGUCUUGGCUUCACAAUGCUUCAACACAGAAACAGCCAUCGCUCAAGGUCCUACACCCAGUCCCACAGUUUUGCUAGCAUGUAGAGAUAUGUUGCCAGACUGUGCAGAGUACAUAAAGAAUCCAUCCCAGUGUCACGGAGCGAGAGAAUUCUUCAUAAAGUACUGUCCAAGAACUUGUGGUUACUGUGGAUGUAAUGAUAUUCUUGAUGAUUGCUCCUCCUACGUUACUGAUCCAGAUCAAUGUAAAUCGUCUCCAUUUUUCUCCAAGUAUUGUAGAAGGACUUGCGAAAUAUGUGAGAGUGGGAAUUCCUCAACUCCUACAACAAAGCAAGCUCUGCUAUCAACUGUUAUGGCCCCGCUGACAACUACAUCUUCGAAAGAAUCUACAUUAACUGAGUCUGCGAACAAACCAACACCUGUAGUAACAACACAAACAAAUAUAGUAACCAUACCACCAGGUCCAAUAGUGUGUGUAGAUUCCCCAGACUGUGCGUCAAUUGUUGAAAACGACAGAGAGUUGUGUAAAAAGCGUGAAGAUUAUAUGAAGGAAAAUUGCCCGCAGUCAUGCGGUUUCUGUGAUGACAAAUCCUAUUGCGAAGAUGAAAAACCAGAGGAAUGUUCCUUUCUCUUUGAUACAGACAAAGCGUAUUGCAAAUUCGAACCAGAGUACAUGGAGAAAAACUGUGCAAAGACUUGUGGAUUGUGUGAUUGUCGCGAUUUUUUACCGAUAUGCGCCCCUAUUGUUGCAAACAACGAAGGUUAUUGCGAAGCUAAUCCUGUUUUCAUGAAAACAAACUGCCCUAAAUCCUGUAACUUGUGUAAAGACAAUAAUGGUAAUGUCAGGUCGCCAAGCCCAGAUGAUUGUGUUGAUAAAAGGAAACAAUGCGCCACGUUUGCUAGAGUCAAGAACUACUGUUCUUAUCAAGCUGUAUUUAUGAGGGAAAAUUGUCCAAAAUCAUGUCAGUUUUGCCAGAAGGAAUACAAUUUUGCCAUCAAUACAGAGUGGAAUGGAUCCAAAAUCAACCACGCCCCUGUCACUUUCCAAAUUAGUGCCCAGGACUCCCGAACCGUACGUAUUUCUGUUAGUGGACCGUUCUUUAAUGACCCAGACCCUCCACCGUGCAAAGCAGGAAGUGCCUGUGAUGGAUUGUGGGAUUAUGAAGUCGCUGAAGUCUUUUUCCUUGGAAAACGAGAGAAAUACCUAGAAAUUGAGCUUAGUCCGCACGGACAGCACUUGCUCCUCCUUUUAAAUGGAGUGCGAAAGAAAUUCUUAGACAAACUUCCGAUUGAGUACGCAGCCACAAUCGACCACGCAAAAAAUACAUGGAACGGAACUGCUAAAAUCCCAAUCGACUACUUUCCUCCUGAAGUGAGAAAAAUCAAUGCAUACGCUAUUCAUGGCUCAGGGAAUCAAAGGAAAUACGAGUCACUGUAUCCUGCAUCAGCUGAUGUCACCAAUCCUGACUUCCAUCGUCUGGAAUUUUUCGAGCCGUUUGAUUUUGACGCCAUGUUUACCUUGUCCUGGAGUAAACCACAGUCCCAUUAUUGGAAAAAUGUCAAAAGAAUGCUGAGGGCAAGACUCAGAGCUUAAUCACAAACUAUGCAUGCUGUCAAUAAAUUGAGAAAUCUUUAAUGAAAA